AUGUGGCUAUCAUCAGCGCCCGCCUCGGCCAUCGCGCUGCUGGCGUGGUCCUCCCUCGUCAGCAAUGUCGCCGCCCAAGUCACGACCGACUGCUUUCCCAUGAACAAGACGUGCCCGCCCAAUCCCGCCUUUGGCAUGGAGGCCAACUUCAACUUCAACAGCACACCAAACAUCGAGAUCUGGGAGACAACAGUGCGCCCCGUGACCUACGAUUCUGAGAAUGGCGCCGGCUUCAGGAUCACCAACAUGGGCGACUCGCCAACCAUCCGCUCCAAGUUCUACUACUUUUGGGGCCGUACCGAGGUCCACCUGAAGGCCUCCAAGGGCACUGGCGUCAUCAGCUCCAUCAUGAUGUUGAGCGACAACCUGGACGAGAUCGACUGGGAGUUCUUUGGCGGCAACGAGACCAUCGCCCAGAGCAACUACUUCGGCAAGGGUUUCAUGCCCGAGAUCCCCAACGCCGAGUACCACCAAGUGCCCGCCGGUGUGCAGGACGACUUCCACAACUACACCACCGUCUGGACCAAGGACUUUUUGGACUUCUACAUCGACGGGGGCAAGGUGCGCCGCCUGGUGCCCAACGACGCCAACAACACCUACUACUACCCGCAGACCCCGAUGCGCCUGUCCAUCGGCAUCUGGGCCGGUGGCGAUCCCAGGAUGCCCAAGGGCACGCGCGAGUGGGCCGGCGGAGACACCGACUACACCCAGGGGCCGUUUGACAUGUUUGUCAAGAGCGCCCACGUCGAGGACUACAGCAGCGGUAAGGAGUACGAGUACACCGACAAGACGGGCUCGUGGGAGAGCAUCAAGAUCAUCGAGGGCAACUCGACCGUCAAGGAAGUCAUGAACGCACCUCCCGAAAAAUCCCUCUCGGACAAGUGGAACGACCUCCCCAACGGCAGCAAGAUUGCCAUCUACUCCAGCGUAGCGGGCUUCUUCGGCCUGCUCAUCUUCACCGGUCUCUUCUACUGCAUCCGGCAACGCCGCCGCGGCGCGCGCGAAGCCAAGGCCGCCGAAGCCCGCGCCGAGGCCGAGCGGCUCGAGCUCGAACGCUUCCGCAAGGCCGGUGUCGACCCGGACAGCUUCGCCUCGCAAGCACACGAGUACAACGCCAAGGAGAUGCGCCGCGACGGCUUCACCGACGAGGACGGUUACAGCGUCCCCGGCUCCCCCAACCUCCAGGCCACCACCCCCGCCUCCCCGCUCGACCACCGCUGGGACUCUGCCGCCGCCGCCGGCUUGGGCGUAGCCGCCGGUGCCGGUGCCGCCGCCGCCGCUGGCAAUGGUAAUGGUAACAACAACAACAACGGCCCGCACAGCCCCGUCCCCCGGCUCGGCGACCGCGCCCAGUCCCCCCGCGUCGGCAGUCCCGGCCCCAACAGCCCGGGCGGCAUGCGCAGCCCCACCCUGACGCAGCCCAACCGCAGCUACACCAGCCCGCGCAUGGGCUCCCCGGGGCCCGGGUACCAGCAACUUGCGCAACCGCAGCCGCAGCGGAGUUUUACCACCGAUGGGGGGUUUGGCGGGGAUGGGCUUGAUGGGCACGGGCAUGACCAGGGGUAUGGGAACGGGGGUGAUGGCAGUUAUGGGAAUGGUGGACAGGGGGGUGGGAGAGGCGGUGAUGCGUACUGGGGAAAUGGGGGCGGGUAUAGGUAA